AUGGCGAUCGAUGAAAUUAAAACUCCAUUCUCAUUAGAUGACAGUGGUAUCUUUUUAGAAGGUUAGUACAGUAUAAUUCCGUUAUAUCGAAUUCUUUAAGUUAAUGCGGAAUUGUUCGACAGUGUGAAAUUCAUGCAUGAUAGUAAUAGAGAUAUUUUGUCCAGUUUUGGACAAGAAACUGCAUGGUCCCCGAUUGCUUAUAAUCUUUUGCUUGUUGUUUUUGUCAAUAGUCACAACACUUUUCUAAAAGCCAAAAUGUUUCGUUUACAGUCCAAUUAUAGCAUGCGAUUCAGCACAAUGAUUUUAGCGAUAACCUUCAUCGACUGACUGGUACGCAGUUGUUGACUGUAAAGUUUAUACGUACGCGUAGAAAAAUAUGCUUCAGUAAUUAAUCAUUCAAAUCAUUAAUAUCGGAUAAAAUUCGCAUUUCUUAACAGUUGCAUCUAGUGAAAUUGACAGCAACGAUGUCUUCAGCACAGUUAAGGGUGGAAACAAAAGAUGUCGUACUGAAGAUGGAAUUCUGAAAAACGAGGGCACAAAGUCAAAAAAGAUAAAAUUCUCAGGUAAUUGAAUCAUUCUAUUAACUAUCUGCAGCCAAACGUUUAAAGCGUCCGAUUGAAAAACAACUAACAAUUACACUAGAAGAACAGUUUGUUCCUGUUGAGUUUUUUUACUCACAAACAUUCUACUAUAUUCAGAACAGACUUAUAAUGCAAAGUCUUAUGGUCAAUUUUAACCUUUAUUACAAGCACAUAAGUGCAAAUACUUGACUAUCAGAAGCUAUGCAGAUACAUGGAUAUUUAUAUUUUAUAUUAUAUAGAUUGCAACUGUUACGUACAUCGGAUAUAUUAUCUGAUUUAUUAUAGGUGUGCACAGGAUGCAGAUUAAGAUAUGGUACAUUAAUGGUUUCUCUUACGUAUAGUUAUCCUAGCCUUAUAGAUAAACUAAUUACAGGAAAUAGCCUAAACACUACAGCUCCUUGCAUGCAUAUUUAUCCAUACAUAAGAAAAGUAUUUUUCACUACAUUGUAAAAAUAUUUACCUCCUGUAUAUAAUCAAAAUACGUUUCUCAUUGUAGAAGAAACCACAACUUCAGGAUACAAGACAAGUAUUGCUUGUGUAAAAAGGUAUGUGGGAAAUGGGUUUUGUUAGCUUAGAAUCAGGGAAGUAUGAUUUAAUUGAAAAUAUAAAUUAUGUAGCCUAUUUAGUAGGCUAUGUUAGUAUAUAUUAAUAUAGUAUUUAGUAUAAAUUCAUUUUUUAUUGUAAUGGGAAAAAACCCUAACAAAUACGGCGAAAACAUGACGCUUCAGGCAAUUAUUGCGUUUUAAAAUUAAUAAUCUCAGGCGCAACCAUACCAGCAGAGUCUUAGCCUACGUGUAUGCAUACCCCAGCACAAACACGUUUCGUCGUCUCUGUUUUUAUAUUCAUGGAUAUCACCUGGUCUAGGCGAUAAUUGUUAAAUAUACUUAAAAAGUCAUUAAUAAUUCAUGAACUAGAAAAUACAAAAGAAAUUAAUGUUUAAUUAAUCAAUGUUUGUAAAUCGGAUACAGAUUUGUCCUGAUUUAUACAUAAACUUCAGCUUUGAUUUUCUCGGCUUAGCCUCAGACAAUGUCUAUUUUUAAAAUUACUUCGCCAAUGUCAAUUAACUGAUAAGAUGCGUCGCUUUUUAAGCAUGUUAAAACAUUCGCAUCCGAUCUUUAUCUGAUGUACCACUCUCCCCUUCGCCCUUCGGCUCGAGUUUGUGUAUCAGAUAAAGAUCGGCUGCUCAUGUUUUAACUAGUAGUAAUAUAGCAUUAACCAAAUCAAUACUACACGAGUGUUUUUGAUCAAGCAGAUUUUAUAUGUCUUGAUGAAGAUAUAUAUCUUGUAUUUGUAUUUGAAAAAGGCCAUAUAGUUAAGCUAAUUUAUAUAGCCGUUGUAUACACCCAAGUAGUUUUGUCUCAAUGCACAGAUGCAUACGAGCUUCGUCAUGUAACUAGCAUAAUUUCAAAAUAGUCCAAUUGUUUCAUCAUCUGCCUAAAAUAUAUUAGAAAACUCUCCUGACGAAGGCCCAUAGCUGAGCAUAGGUCGAAACGUGUAGAGGUUUUCUUAAUAUAUAUUCCAGCAUUAGACAGUUGAUGAAACAAUUCGACUAUUUGGUUCUUCGAAGAAGCUGCCAUGUUGCAACAUGCUUGUCUUGGAUAGCAUAAUUUCAUCGGCAUAAUUUACACGAUAUGUAUAUCUUUAUUCAUUUAGGGGAGAUCAAAGGAAGAGGAAGAUCAAAUGGUUAUCUGUGAAAACAGAAAAUGGAAAAAAGAUACAAAA